CCUUGAAUUUGCUCAGCAGCAACAGCAGCAGCUUUUGUUCUGAAUUCUGAAUUUUCUCACGGAAACCUCAGUCUUACUGUUGCACCACCUUAAGCUACCUGAAGUCGAGCCUAAGUCGAGCCUUAGUCGUCUUAAGACAACUGAAGCCGUCUUAAGCCACCUGAAGCCACCUGAAGCCACCUUAAGCCACCUUAGCUACCCUGAGCCUGCCUUAGGCCGUCUUAAGCUACUUUAAAAAGUCCAAGCCCACACGUCCAAGCCCACACACACACAAAGACACGAAGAUGCGACUCUUUUACAUUUUUCAGGAAGGUCUUGCCAUUCCCAUCGAGACGGGCGCCGGACUAGACGACGUCUUGAGUCUUCAAAAUGCCGUCAAAGUGUUGCAGCAAUUGGACUCAUACGAGACGGAUCAAAUCCACGUCUACCCCGCCGGGACUACGAAGGACUCUUGUACAAGCCAAACGCCUCUGAAAUCGACGGACAAAUUGCCGACGGAUACUUCCACGAGUCACGCCGUCUACGUCCAUGUUCCCAACUAUACUCCUCCCAAAGACGGCAAAUCCAAACGAUUGUCCAUGGCCAGUAUUCCCGCGGGCCCGGCUCCCACUCCCAAACCUCGCAGGGGUUCCAUGCCCGUCGUGGAAUCCCAAAAAUCCAAAGAACGUCCCGACUAUCUCAAACGCAAAUAUUACAUCAAAUACGGAAAACAAUCCAUUCAAGUGCUCAUGGAUCCGGAAGAACCCUUUUUACAACUCCAGCACGAAGUCGAACACUCCACGGGAGUUCCCGUCCGAGAACAAAAAUUCUUUUACAAUGGCAUGCACAAACCCUUUGCAUCUGAUAAAACGUUGCGACAGUACGGAUUGCAAGCGGGAGGUUUUUUCAAUCUCGUGCGACAAGAAGUGGCGGAUGAUGGGCGGGGUCCACGACGAUCCACUUUUGUGGCGCAAGGAAAAUCCCCGGAUGAGUUACUGGCGCAUCGACGACAAUCGGCCAUUACGGCUGCCCAGCAGGAAGAAGCGGCCCGGCUUCAAGCCGAACAACAAGCGGCGCGACUCGAAGCGGCACGACGCAAAUCCCAAGAAGAAGCGGCACGACGCAAGGCGGAAGAAGAAGCACGGCAACGAGCUGCCGAAGAAGCACGUCAAAAGGCUGCCGAAGAGGAAGAAGCACGACGAUUGGCGGAAGCUCAACGUGCGGCCGAAGCGGAAAUUGCUCGAUUGGCCGCCGAAGAAGCGGCGGCCGAACAACGACGAUUAGAAGAGGAAGAAGCCAAACGAGUGGCCGCGGAACGAGCCGCCGAAAAGAAACGUCGCGAAGCAGCCAAGGCAGCAGAAGAGCAACGACGCAUCGAUGCCGAAGCGGCACGACGAGCCGUUGAAGAACAGCAUCGAAAGGAAUUGGCGGCGGCGGCUGAAGAAGAAGCCAAACAAGCCGAACAAGACGCCCAACGACGGGCCGCCGAAGAAGAAGCCAAACGACAACGAGAAGCCGAAGAAAAGGCUCGUGUGAGAAUUCUGACCGUGGCCACACCAGAUGGACAAAUUUUGACCGUCACAUUGGAUGUAGAUGAUACCAUUGGGGAUAUCAAGGAUGCCAUUGCCGAUGACUGUCACAUUCCUCCCUUCAAACAAGUACUCAAGUUCAAGGGAGAAGAACUACACAAAAAUUACAAGACACUGGAGCAAAUGGAAAUUCCCGAUGGAGCCAGGCUCACAGUGGAACCAUUCCAAAUCCCCAUCAAUGUCAGACUGCCCGAUGGAAAACUCCUGGAAAAUAUCAUGGUGGAUCCCACAGAAUCCGUGGGGGAUCUCAAGGAACAACUGGAAGCCCACAAGGGAUGUGAUGUGCCAGCCGACAAACAAACCCUCCUUUUGAACCGAAAAGAAUUAGACGAUCCCGUGCGAAAGGUCGAAGAUUACGGGGUCCAGCCAGGCAGCACACUGGACAUGGCACCCACAUCCAUUAAUGUGUCGGUCCGAACACCCUACGGGAAAACCAUUCCCGUGGAAAACGUCAAAUUGACGGACUCGAUCAAAUCCAUCAAGCAACGCAUUGCUCCCGAAGCAGGAUUGGCUGUAGAGCAGCAAGAACUCUCGCUCAAUGGACAGCCAGAGUUUCCCAACAACAAAACCAUACGAGAUUGUGGAAUCAAGGACGGGGAUGUGCUGGACGUGGGAAUUUCCAAGAUCCCCAUUACAGUCCGGAAUACAAUGACUGGCAAACAGUACACACUCAAAAUUGAUCCCACCGAAACAAUCUCCAGCAUCCAAAAGAAAUUGGAGACAGAAUCGGGAGUCCCAGUCAACAAUCAGAAAUUGUCGUUCAAUGGCAAGGAAAUUGAUGAUCCCAAUAAGACGGCAAUCUUUUAUGGCAUCAAAAAGGGAAGUGUAGUGGACUUGGAACCCAAAAAGAUCAAGGUCUUUGUCAGAACUCCCGAUGAUAGGACGCUCGAAGCCAUGGUCAAAACGUCGGACCUCGUCAUUGUCAUCAAGGACACCAUCUCACCCGAUGUAGGAUUGACAAUUCACCAACAGCAUCUCUUCUUCAAUGGAAACGAAUUGCCCGAUGACAAGACGGUAACGGAGAUGGGAAUCAAAGAUGGCGAUUAUCUCUUUUUGGAUCAAGUCAGGAUCCCCAUCACGGUCGUCAAUGCCGUCGAUGGGAAGGAGAUCCCCAUGAUGAUUGACCCGACAGAGCCAAUUUUGGCCAUCAAGCAACAUCUGGUAAAAGAGACUGGCAUCCCCCUACAGAGCCAACAACUCACUCUCCAUGGCAAGGAAUUGUUUGACCCAGAGCAGCGACCGGUGGAUUGUGGAAUUGUUCAUGGCAGCACACUGGAAUUGGAACCGCAUGCCAUCUUUGUCCAAGUCAGAACACCGGAUCAUGGAACGAUUCCAGUCCGAAUCAAACCAUCCGGCAAAAUAUUAGCCAUCAAGAAUAAGGUCGCGCCAGAGACUAAAAUUGCCGUGCCACAGCAGGUUCUGAAAUUCAAAGGCAAAGAAUUGCCCAGCAGGACCACAGUUAUGGAGCACGGCAUCCAAGACGGCGACAUGUUGGACCUAGAUGUGUAUAAGGUUCCCAUUAUCGUGAGACAAAUGCACGGGGACCCAAUCCAACUGGUUGCUGAUCCCGCCGAUACCAUCUCCAAAAUUCAGCAACAAAUUGAAAAGGAAUCCGGUAUUGCGGUGCCCAACCAAAAGCUGUCCAUGAAUGGCCACGAGUUUGGUGACCCAGAGAAAACUGUUGCCUAUUACCGCAUCAAGCCAAAGGCCAUUCUAGACCUAGAGCCAAGGGAUAUUGAAGUGUUGGUCCGGACUCCCGAUGACGACAAGAAGACCAUCCCGGUCAAAGUGCAGCCUUCUAGCACAAUCCGAGGAAUCAAGAGCAGGAUUGCUCCGGAAACAGGUCUGACAAUGGCACAACAGAUUCUGAGGUACAAGGGCAAGCUGUUGUCCAAUGACAGGACUGUUCGGGAUCUUGGACUGAAGGAUGGGGAUAUUUUGGAUCUCGAUCUCUCUCACGAAGAGAAGGUUGCCAGAGACCAGGAAGCCCAACGUAAAGCCGAAGAGGAAUAUGCAGCAUUUCUGGAAGAGGAAAAGCAGCGAGCCAAAGAAGAAGCCAAGCGGCAGCGAGAAGCUGAAGAAGCAAGAGCUCGUCGUGCAGCCGAGCAGGCGGCCAGAGAACAAGAAGAACGGCGUCGACUUCGCAUCAUCACCGUGGCCACUCCAAGUGGGGAAGUCCUUACAGUUACAAUGGAUAAGGAUGAUACCAUAGGCGAAAUAAAGGAUGCUAUUGCAGAUGAUUGUGGCAUUCCAUCCUUCAAGCAGGUGCUCAAAUACAGAGGAGAAGAACUUGCCAAAGACUACAAGACAUUGGAGGAUAUGGACAUCCCUGAUGGAGCCAGACUCAUGGUGGAACCAUUUGAAAUUCCAAUCAAAGUCAACACUCCUGAUGGCAGACAGAUUGGCAUUAUCGUGGAUCCUACAGAGUCAAUAGCAGAUGUGAAAGAACAGUUGGAGGCAGAAUCUUGCGGGGUACCAGCCGACAAUCAAAUCCUGUUUUUCCAGGGAAAGGAGUUGAACGAUCCCAUCCGCAAGGUGGAAAACUGUGGGAUCAAGGCAGGCAGUGUCCUAGAUCUCAAAGACGAGGCCAAGCUGAAGGCCGAGGAGCAAGCGCGGAGAAAGGCAGAAGAGGAAUCCAACAAACGCGCGAAGGAAGAAGCUGGCUCCGUAUGGGCUCGCAACAAGGGCCCCCUGGACGAACCCGAAAACCCUGUUUCCAAUGUGGUUUAUGAUGGAAUUGGCCUCGCUCGUCAUCCCAAGAAACCACCUCCUUUGGACAUGCAAAAGGGCGAGUCUAUGGAAGAGCUCGACGCUCCAGAUCCUAAUGUCGUCGUUUACGAUGGCAUUGGUCUUGCUCGAAGCCCGAACAAGCCACCGCGCGAGCCAGCAAAGAAGGAAAGGAGGCGCAGCUCUACCAGCAACAAACCAAAGAAAACCAAGAGCAGUGAAGACGAAGAUGAUGGUCCUGUUGGCUGGUCUGUUGAACCGAUCAAGUACCAGUACACACCUGAACCGAUGGACAUGUCAACCCAACGUUGCUGGUAUCAGCUAGAGGCCGAUAUCGUCCCAUAUUACAUCAGAUUUAAUGGUUGGGAGAAAGGAGAAGAAUUGAAGCAGCAUAUUUUGGCCACUCGCCGUGUAGGCAGGAACGCAGCUUUGUUGGAAGGCGCAGAACCAUCCGAUCUUAAGCUAUUUGCUCCUGGUGUCGACGAGGCCUCAGGAAAUGAGAUUGGCGCAGGUGAUGUCCUUCCAGGUGGCACCUCAGAAGCUGAUCCAAUUCUUGUCAUUGUCAAAGAAGCAAAGGGUGUUGGCCGCAAGUUGACACCCAUUGUUGGCGAGAGCUAGCUAAAGAGACGCAGAAGGGUUUGUUGCUUUGUGCAUGUGCUUCUCGACAUUCGUUGUUUCAGCUCGACCCGAAGAUUUCAUCACUGUAUAGGCUAGGUGUCAUGUUUGCUCGCAAAGCCUUUCGGCAGCGUCUUUUGGUAGUACCGUAGCACCCCUGUUUGCAACUUGAUCAUCUGGCCACAAAGGAUUGAACGAUGAACGCUGCCAUCUUUAUUGGGUCUCUACUACUAGUGGUGGUUUCGUUUCGUGGCCUACUUUGCCUUUCGGCUUGCAUCACUCGGGCUCUCUGUGUGGUUCACCGCGAGAAACCAAAUGGGUUUGACGUGGAAUUCGUGUGGCUUGAUAGCACUCGGCUGCCUAUGAUCGAUAUCAUAUCCAGCGAUGUGCCAUUCCAUCCGGCACCCAUACUCGGGGUAGCUUGCAAAACAUCAGAGCUCAUGAUUCCUUCCGUGCUUUCCGAGUGUCUGCUAUCCCGCCCAAUGUGGGGGGUCGGCACCAGCCAGCCGCUGUAACUACACGCGGCAUUUGACCAACAGUGUUCACUGUCCUGCUAGCUAGGUCUAACUGCCACUGCCACACUGCUGGCAAAGCUCUUUGCCCCAUCGUCCAUGAGUUUCAAUCGUCUGUUCAAUGGACAUUCUCAAAGCACGAUGCCAGUACCUAGAAAACAGGAAGACGCAUCGUCUGCAUGACCCCUCUUUUGAGCUACCUACUCUUUUAAAAAGCAACCCCCUUGUUCGCACGCAAAAGAUUCACUACAAGGGCUGAAAGCGAGCAACAUGACCUCAUUGCAUUUUUAAUUGAUCCUUUUAACUAUACUUCAAAAUCACAGGUUUC